UGCGGUUAUUGUUCCACUAAACCAUUGUUGUUCAUCCGCCGAAGUGAUCGUGCAUAAUGAUAGUUAGACACAUUUUUACUAGUUUAGUAAUAGUCGGGUUAGCUGCUGAAGUCUGGUCACACGUUGAAAUAGAGGCCGAAGAUUACUUCUUUCCAUUAGAACCGUUAGUAAAUUACUGCAAGAUGUCGGAGCAAUGUUCACACGACUUUGUGCCAAUCUGCGGCCAGGACGCCGUGGGUGUCGCCAGGAUGUUCAACGACAAUUGUGACAUGUUCGAACUCAACUGUGAUGAGAAGCAAAAAUAUCGGCAUGUGAAAAUGGAUUUAUGUAGAUUCGAUAAGCCAGAGCCGCCUUAUGAAUAACCUCAAGCCUGUCUCCCAUGGGGGUAGGCAGAGACUAUGGAACGCCACUAACUACGAAUCUUAUAUACUUUCGCUUCAUAAACAGUCAUCAGUUUUAUUCUGCAUACUUAUCGACUAAGUGUACUUUUAAUUUGAUUAAGAUUAUAUAAUAUUAUUAUGUUGUUAUCAUGCUCGUCACUAAUGAAAUUAAAUUAUGAAAUACAAUUUUAUUUAUUUUUAUAAUCAUAAGCUACAGAAUAAAUGGUACUUUUACAAGUAAAUAUUUUAAAAUUAGGUUCUGGCCACAAUUUUUUCAAUUCCCGUAA